AGGAGCUCAAGAAUCAGUAGCCUCAGUUCAGAUAGAUAUAGUAAUACAAAGCUUGAAAGUCGAAAGUUGAAAAUUUACUUGGUGGGGUGCUGAUCACAUGGAUGCAUCAAUGUCUUUGUUGAUCUUAUCGGCCAUACUAGUUUAUUUAGUAUGGUUCAAGUUCAUCUCACGGUCGCUCUAUGGCCCACGUGUCUGGCCUCUAUUGGGCAGCCUCCCAGGGCUAAUUGAGAACUCGAAUUGCAUGCAUGAGUGGAUCGCAGACAAUCUAAGCGCGUGUGGCGGCACGUAUCAGACAUGCAUUGCUGCAAUUCCAUUUUUAGCCCGGAAGCAUUGCCUCGUGACUGUCACGUGCGAUCCGAAGAACUUGGAGCAUAUUUUGAAGGGCCGGUUUGACAAUUACCCGAAGGGACCCAAUUGGCAGGCUGCGUUUCAUGAUUUGCUUGGCGAUGGGAUCUUCAAUUCUGAUGGUGACACGUGGUUGUUCCAGCGGAAGACGGCCGCGUUAGAAUUUACUACACGGACGCUGCGCCAAGCAAUGGCACGGUGGGUUAGCAGGGCCAUCAAGCAUCGGUUUUGCCCGAUUCUUGAGACAGCUCAGCUCCAAGGGAAGCCAGUUGAUCUUCAAGACCUCUUGCUUCGACUCACUUUCGAUAAUAUAUGCGGCUUGACUUUCGGCAAGGACCCUCAAACACUAUCUCCCGGGCUUCCUGAGAAUGGCUUCGCAAUGGCUUUUGAUCAAGCCACGGAAGCCACGCUCCAGCGCUUUAUUUUGCCUGAAAUCAUUUGGAAGCUGAAGAGGUGGUUUCGGCUUGGGAUGGAAGUCAAGCUGAGCCAAAGCCUUGAAUACAUGGAUAAAUACUUAUCCGAAAUCAUUAAUACACGUAAGAUUGAGUUGGUGACUCAGAAUCAAAGUGGGACCCAACACGAUGACUUGCUGUCCCGUUUCAUGAAGAAAAAAGAAUCAUACUCUGGCGAAUUCCUCCAAAACGUGGCACUGAACUUCAUCCUAGCUGGACGUGACACGUCAUCAGUCGCCCUGUGCUGGUUCUUUUGGUUGGUCAGCCAAAACCCAAGGGUGGAAGAGAAAAUUCUCAUAGAAAUCUGCACCGUUUUGAUGGAGACACGUGGCACUGACACUUCCAAAUGGGUUGCUGAGCCGCUAGUGUUUGAAGAAGUUGACCGAUUGAUAUACCUUAAGGCAGCACUGUCGGAGACACUAAGACUCUACCCUUCGGUGCCACAAGACUCAAAGCAUGUAAUAGCUGACGAUGUCUUGCCUAAUGGAACAUUUGUUCCUGCUGGUUCGAACAUCACAUACUCAAUAUAUUCAACUGGUCGGAUGAAGUUCAUCUGGGGUGAAGAUUGCCUGGAGUUCAAGCCAGAAAGGUGGUUAUCCGAAGAUGGCAUGAAAAUUGAGGCAAAAGAUUCAUACAAAUUUGUUUCGUUCAAUGCUGGUCCUAGAAUUUGUUUAGGGAAGGAUUUAGCUUAUCUGCAGAUGAAAUCAAUAGCCGCUGCAGUGCUGCUACGACACAAGCUUACAGUGGCAGCGGGCCACCGGGUGGAGCAGAAAAUGUCACUAACAUUGUUCAUGAAAUAUGGGCUACUGAUGGACGUGCACCCAAGAAACCUGAAGCCUGUCGAGGAAAAACUAUGCAAAGCUGCUGAAAACUGAUGUCCUGCUGGAGUGGCAUAAGGGUAUGUUUCAAUUUUGAUGAAAAUUUGUGAAUAUAAUAUGCUUAAUGAAGAACUAGAAAAUGAAACAGUCAUGUGAACUGUUAAUCAAUUAUUAAAAUUUUAAUUUUAAUAAUUAAAUUUAAAAACUGAAAAUCUCAGGUAAAAAAAUAUUGUAAGA